AUGGAGAAAGCUGCAGAGACCCUUCCGAUGUCCACCCAGGAAGGCUUAAAGAAGGAGAUCAGCGACCUCAAAGAGAGAGUGGCCAACCGUGAGGCGGAAAACCAGAAGAUCAUGAAGGACAUUGAAGGCAUCAAGAAGGAGAACAAGAACCUGGAAGGGAGAAUCGAUUGCUUGGCCGCCAUGGUGAAGGUCUUGGAAAAGGAAGAGGAGCAGCUUCAGGAGUUGCUGCGAGAACGGGAAGACACCCGGGCGACCCUGGAGGCCCAGAACCAGACCUUGGCCGAGACCAACCAGGUUCUCCGCUCCGAAAUCCAGACCAUCUCCCAUGACCUUGUCCGGUUCCAGGAUUACCGAGCGAGUCGGGACCAGAACAUGUUGCGCAUGAAGCAAGUGGUGGAGCAAAUCGCGGGCUACUUUGGGCAGCUGGAGGCGGAGAUCGCGACGGCCGAGCUGCGCUACGCCGACCAGAAGCAGCAGUCCACUGAGCUGAAGAGCACGAUAGACCAACUCCAGAAGAUCUGCGACGUGCAGGAGAACGAGAUCCUGUGCCUGGAAGAGCAGCUGGAACCGUUCUCCUUCGACGACACGGAGACCGGCGAUCUCUUCUGCUGCUGCUGGGAGUGGCCCUCCCUGCUGUUCGAGAUGGUGCAGGCCAAGCUGAAGUUAGACUCUCAAGCGAUGAGAGAGACCCUCCUGGUCGUCUUAUCCAGAGGGGCCUGGGUGCUGGUGGGUCUAAUCGUCGGCUUGGUGUUCUCCAAAAUGAUGCUCUGCCUGAUGGAGACUUGGUGCUUUAGGGGACGGCACUGA